CUCCGCACCCCUUCUUCGCUCCUCUAUUUCUAGCGAAUAAAGAUAGAGAGACAGAGAGUAAAGGUUGUUUUUUUGGAUCAGAACGAGGAGAGUCGUUCUUUGUUGUUAGAGCAACAAUGGUGGACGUCGAUAGGAGGAUGUCAAGUUUGAAUCCGGCUCAUAUAGCAGGCUUACGCCGUCUCUCUGCUCGUGCUUCCGCUCCUUCAACUCCCACUUCCCUUCCUGUUCGCAACGGUCUUCCAUCUUUCUCGUCUUUAGCUGGUAACGUUAUAACCCAUUUACGGGACUCGGGUUUCCAAGUCCAGCUAGGUUUAUCAGACGCCGAGUUCGCACGAGCGGAAGCCGAGUUCGGAUUUGUUUUCCCACCCGACCUCCGAGCCAUAUUAUCAGCCGGGUUACCGGUAGGUCCGGGUUUUCCCGAUUGGCGAUGUGUUGGAGCCCGAUUCCAUCUUCGGGCUUCGCUUGAUCUUCCCAUUGCUGCAAUCUCCUUUCAAAUCGCGCGUAACACUUUAUGGUCCAAAUCUUGGGGACCCAGACCCUCUGACCCCGAGAAAGUUUUACGGGUCGCAAGGAAUGCCCUUAAACGAGCUCCCCUUUUGAUCCCCAUUUUCAAUCACUGCUAUAUUCCAUGUAACCCCUCUUUAGCCGGUAACCCGGUUUUUUUCGUCGAUGAGACCCGGCUUUUCUGUUGCGGGUUCGAUAUAUCCGAUUUUUUUGAGAGGGAGUCCUUGUUCAGAAGAUUCGAACCCGACCCUGAAUCGUUGAAGAAGCAGAGACCAAUUAGUGAGAAAUCAGCCAGGUCAUCCCCUAGUAGUUUGGAUGCCGGGGCGAGAACCCCCAGAUGGGUCGAGUUCUGGAGCGACGUUGCGGAUGAUCGGAGACGGAGAAACUCAUCGUCGUCCUCGUCGCCUGAGAGGUAUAUCAAUAUGCGAGGAAGCAAAAUGCCGAAAUGGGUGGAGGAUUACAUUGAUAAAACAGGGUGGGUUCUCAGAAAAGGCGGGUGGGCCGAAUCCGACGUGGCUGAAAUGAUGCACGUGUCGCCAUCUAGGUUCUUCGAAGGAGAGAUGGUUUUAUUGGAUAAUCAAGCCGUUCUGGAUGCGCUUCUUUUAAAAGUGGACCGGUUCUCGGAUUCGCUCCAAAAGGCCGGUUGGAGUUCCGAAGAAGUUUGGGAUGCACUGGGGGUCGAUUUUCGACUGGAAAAGGAAAAGAAACCUGCCAUGAAAUUAUCUCCUCUGCUUGUAGAAAAAAUUGGGAAACUUGCUGAAUCGGUGACCCGGUCAUGAGAAUCUUGGGCUCUGGAUUUCACCUUUUCUUGGGCUACGGGCAAAAAAUAAUAUAAAUAUAUAUAUACAAGACGGUUGUGUUGUGUUGUGUUGUGUUAGGUUGGGUUGGGUAUCUUGAAAAGAACGUAUAAUGAAAAUAUAGCUAUUUUGUUUACA